AUGCAGGAGUCCUUGGAGGCCAACGCCAGGGCCACGGGGCACAGCACCACCCUGGAGGCGCUGGAGGUCUCCCGGCGGAUGCGCGCCCGGGGCGUGCUGCUGACGCACUUCAGCCAGCGCUACGCGGGCAUCCGCCUCGAGGGCGCAGGCUCCCGCGG